CCGGAGGACCAGGCCAACCCAUCAGAUGCGCGGAGGUGCUCGUCGCGGCACACCGCAACAUCGAGCCGCCACUACUAAGCUGCUGCCUGCUGGUUGCUAGACGUGACGGCGCGUGCACUAGAGGGCGGGGAGAACCCCUAGUCGGUUCCUCACCGACCGCCAUGCUCCGUUACAGCCGCCGGUUCCUCACCAGAACACCUCGCCGCCGCCAACCCAAAACCGCCGGGAAAACAGAGCCAUCUCCCACAGCCGCGCCGACCUAUACCCGUGACGUGGUCCGCCGCGCCACUGCCAUCCUCCGCGACCAGCCCUGGUCGGCGGCGCGCCCGCUCCUCCUCUCCCUCCCCGGCCUCGCCUGGGACUCCCACACCGUGGCGCGCGUGCUCAAGACCCACCCGCCGCUCCAGAAGGCCUUCCUCUUCUUCCGCCUGGCGACCACCGCCUCGCGCACCUUCCGCCACGACCGCUUCACCUACACCUCCAUGAUCCACCUCCUCGGGGAGGCCGGCCGCGUUCCGGCCAUGCUCCGCCUCCUUGCCGAGAUGCUCCGCGCCGGGAUCGCGCCCGACGCCGCCACCUUCACCACCGUCAUGCACUGGCUCGCGCGGGCCGGUGACGUCGACGGCGCCAUGCGGGUGUGGGCGGAGAUGAAAGCGAGGAGCAGGCCUACCGUCGUCAGCUACACCGCGUGCAUUAAGAUUCUGUUCGACGCUCGGAAGGCAGAGGAGGCGCGGGGGGUGCUUAGAGAGAUGGUGGCUGAAGGGCUGCGCCCCACCUGCAAGACCUACACGGUGCUCAUCGAGCAUCUCGCCGACACAGGAAAAUUUGAAGCUACUCUUGAGAUUAUGGACAAGAUGAAAGAAGCAUGUGUACAACCAGAUAAAGCACUCUGCAAUAUUUUAGUACAGAAAUGUUCCAGGGCUGGUGAGACAUCAGUUCUUACUUGCAUUCUUCAGUACAUGAAGGAGCAUUUCAUUGUCCUUCGCCGACCUAUUUUUUUGGAAGCACUACAAGCUCUAAAAGCUAGUGGUGAUAGUGAUGAACUUCUUCGGGAAGUAAACCCUCACCUUUCAUACGAAGGCAUUGAGAAUGAUCCAAUAUUGUCUGAUCAAGGCUAUCUUACUGACAGGAGUAUUAUUCUCUACCUUAUGUCUGCAAACAAAUGGUCUGCUAUAGAACAAAUGGUUAAUCAAAUGGCCCCAAAGAAUGUGAAAAUGGAGACCCAUAUCCUGUCUGAUGUUAUUGAGGCCAGCUGUGCCGACCGUAAACCGUCUUGUGGGCUCGCAGUUAUGCGUUAUGGUUUAGGAGUAGGCUGUGAACUUGGUAGGUCUGCAUAUUGUUCUCUUCUUGGCCAGUACAUUAGAACUGAUUCAUUUGAUUUAGUCUUAGAGAUUGUUGAGGAAUUGAUUAAAUCUGGUUGCAAUCUUGGGACAUAUGUAUCAUCUGUUUUAAUACUCAGAUUGGGCUAUGCUGGGCAGUCUGCAUGUGCAGCUCAUAUUUUUGGAUUGUUGACUGCAGACAAGAAUGUAGUUUCGUACACAGCCCUUAUCAAUGCCUAUUUUCAAGCUGGCAAAGUUGAUGGUGCUCUUGAUCUAUUCACACAAAUGAGAACUAAUAGAAUAUCUGCUUGCUUGGGUACAUAUGAAGUCCUGAUACAUGGCUUAGAAAAGGCUGGCCUGAAACAGGAAUCAGAUUACUACCGAAGAGAAAGAAUGAAUAUGCAAUGGCAUCUUCAGUAUCAUGGCCCGCAGUCACCUGAAGAUACCUUAUGUAACCAUCUGUUUUGUGGCAUUCAUGGGUGAUUUUUCAAGAUGGAUUGAUAUACAAUGUUCUUAUCAUUAGCACAAUUGUUCCAGCUUCAUCCUUCCUCAGCCUUGAAGGUAACACAUGCCCCUUUAUAUUUGAUUUGAUAUGAAAUCAGAUAAAAAACAUGGAUUCAUUUAAUCUAAAUGUAUAAUUGGAGCUUCAUGCUGCGGAAAACUAUGAAUAGUGAAAUUAAGGAAUGAUUUGGAAUUGAAUGCAAAACUACAAUAAAUUGGAAAUCCUGAUGUUGGCUUAGGGCGUCCCCAACAAUUGUCGAAGUCGCUAGCUGACUCGGAUUCUCACUGACAUGGAGGAGAGAGAGAAAACAGAAAAAUAACCUCGCUGGCGACUUGUUCAUCGCUGGUCUCACUAAAAAAACAAGGUGAGAGAAGAUCAGGUAGAAUGUGGAAAGAAAGUGAACCAGACUCCAGUGGUGCCUCUUGGCUACAAAUGCUGGCAUGUGCUCGCUGGAGGAGUAGCAGCGGACGAUGCGUGCGCAUGGGUGGCCACCAACUGCACGGGCGUCCUACCAUCGCCCUGCCCCAACUACAAAUCCAAAUUUCUAUGAAAUGCCUAUGGGAGUGGAGUGAGCGGCAAGGCCAAGGGUGCAUGGGUCUGGAAGUGCGGCGGUGCAAGAAGAGACAAGGCCAGCACACCUGGUGUCCUGAUCGCAAGGUUAUUAAAACGAUAAAACGUUGGAACGCUCAUGGGUGAAAUUUUGACUUUUAAACGUUUAAACUUGUUUAAACGUAGUUUUAAACAGCAUAUGAAAAAUACCAAUAUAUCAUAAUUUCAGACAAUAAUAUGAAGUUAAAUACUAAAACAGAGAGGUCAGUGGCUUACCAAAACUUCACCCAUGAGCUGGAUUGAACCCCAAAAGUAACUAAUAGACUGGACCCAAAAAUAACUAAUGGUCUAAAAUGCAUAAAACACUGCGUUUUACAGUUUAGAACGCCAAAACGCUAAAACGUGAUUUCAACCUCUAAUUAGAGUUUUGACGUUUAAACGUAGUUUAAACAUCGUUUAAACGUAGUUUUAAUCACACUGCCUGAUCGGUAGCAGCGAUGGGGCUGGCAGUAGCGACGUAGAGCAAACCCGCUCGCCCGUGCCUGGGUUCACACAAUGGGAGAGAGACGGUUAGAGAGAAAGGAUUUUUUUUAAAAAAAAUACUUACAUGUGGGUGCUACAUGGUGACAUGGAGCUUAAAUAGCUAACAGAGGGUGAUUUCCAUUGAGGACGCCCUUACUGAUCUUGUGGGAGAAAAUCCAUUUAAGAGUUAAAGAACUGGCUGUAAGUCUGCAAGUCCAUGACACUGGAAUUUGACAUCUCACCAUGCAGUCAUCCACAUCACUCCUGGAUCUCCAAGGUUUAUCUCUUUCUGUUUCCCCUAAGGAGAUAAGGAAAAGGCGAAGAUGGAAAUAGAAGAAUGCCAAAAUGUUAACCAUAGGCACCGUUAUAUAUUUGUUAUUGCUAUUUACUUUGAUUUAUCACCACCUCUCAUGCGGCAUGCGUGUGGGGGUUAUUUCUGAUUAGUGACAUAAGCGCUUACAUGUCAAAGUCAAACUGAUUAAAUGUCAGUGCCACAUCAGUGGAAAACAUCCUUUGAGUGGAAUCAGAAGGCUAAUUUGGCCAGUUUCAGUAGUUGAGGGCUGUUGGAUGUCAGUAUUAUACUUCAGUGGCAGUUUGAGGGUGUAAAAUGUGCUUUACCCUAGAGUUUAAGACAAAAUUAGAAAACAUGUUUUUCCAGAGAGUGAAAAUAAGAUUUCAUCGACUUUCCUUUCCUCAACAUUUUCACUUUACGUUUGGAAGAACUGUUGCUUCGGUUUCUAGCCAGUAUGGUAAAUAUGAUAGGAUCGCCUUACCUAUUAUGAGUUCUCCUAAGACCGUAUCCAGCAGUUUACCCAUAGUUUACCAAAAUCAUUGAUUUACAAUGUUCUGCACUGUAGACUUCACUGUUCAUAGAGUGAAUAUGGGUAUGAGGAUGAAUAAGCUAUUGAAGAUAGUCUAAGUGAUUAGAAAACUUCUGUUGAUUUUGACCUUUAGUGGUCUGUGCAUCCUUCAGUUAGUUGUAAGGUUGUUUCAUAAUGUCACAUGGAACUGCAGUUAAUCAAGAUAAAUUUGAAAAAUUAUAGGAACUUCUAGAAAGUACCAUUUUUGCAGGUAAUUGUGGGGAAACACCCAGUGUCCUGGAAGCCUGGAUCAACAAAUAGAGGUCAGUGAAGUAUUAUUCUAAUCACCAAUAAAACUGUACCUUGCUUUAUCAUCCAACAAGGAUUAACUUAUUUGGUUUUGCAAGAAUUGGGCUAGAGCAAUGCCCUUUUAUUAUUGAACAUUAUUUACAAAUUAGGAAGCAUCCAUUGUCUCAUCAAUAAGGUAGUAGCAAUGUAGCAUGAUGCACCUUCUACAUAUAUGCCAUAUGUACAAAUUCUGUGAUCUAUGUUUAGUAUCAAUACUGUUUUGUAGUAGAAAAGGAAGGUUAUGCAAGAUGGUUUAGAUGAAAUGUUCAAAAAUCUGUAAAAUCUGGAGCUAUGUUACUAAGAAUUUCUAAGCAAUUUGGAAUCAGCGUAUCACUUAGGGGGUGUUUAGUUUGUUGAAUGAAAUGCUCCAUCAUCAUCUCACUCUAGUUUUUUGUUUGGUUUGUAGCAUGGAAUGAAUUGAUCCAUCACUACAUCAUCCCUCUUAAGUUAAUAAUUAGUAGUAUGAGGAAUGAGGUAAUUCCAUUAAUUUGAGGAUAAACUCAUAUCCAUCACCUCAUCUAAUACUCAUGGUGCACCAUCUCAUCUAAAAUAGGUUGAUCCCCAACUCAAACACCAUAUUAUGGAAGCAUUCUUUUAUGCUUUGCAUGAUGUUUUCCCUAGGUAACCAGCAACAUUAGGCUACGUUUGGAAACAAAAUAAUCCCCUCCAGUCCAUAUAUGUAUUGGCCUUUUGGGAAGGAUUGGAGGGGAAAAUAGUACAUUCUCCACUCCAGUAUGUAUUGGGAGGGAAUAUAUUUUACUCAAACAAGCCAUAAGAUGGCUGACAUUUUUUUGUUUGAGAUUAGAACAUCGACAUUGUUAACUCCAAUCCAUAUGUAUUGGGAGUGAAUAGGUUUUACUCAGACAAGCCAUAAGAUGACUAACAUUUAAGUUUUCUUGAGAUUAGGGCGUCAACAUUUCUUGUCUUAUCCCCAUUGUUCUUCUGUCCUAAGUAAAUCUACCGUAGUUAUGAUCACUCAAAGAGAAAACCAGUUAGCAUACUCUAAGUAAACCAGUGACGGACAGGUUAAUAUUAUGCUAUUACAAUGCUCAUAUUGUUCUUACGUUGGAUGGCUCCAAUUUAUUCCGUGUUAUGUUUGCUGUCACACAGGACUAAUAGCUUCUCUUAUGGUGAUCGAUUUGUCUUGGUGCUAACUGCAACCCACCUUCCAAAAGCAUUCAACUGCUUGAGGUUGCAACAAAAGCUCCACGUGAUGAAGGUUGGUGCUACUCAGCAGUCUUUCCACAGGCUCAAUUAAACAGUUCCCGGCUACUAUUGCAGAAGGGUUUUGCCAUGAGACUCAGGUAAUUCUCUGGCACUUUUAGGCACCAUAUUCUGCAUUCCUGAUUAGUUCUGCAUGCAAUUUGGGAAAAGCAUGGGCUAAAUAUAAUGAAACUUCGAAAAGGAUGACAAAAAGAACUUGUUUUAAGCUUGCCAUUUCGAUUCACAUCCAGUCAGCAGGAAAGAACUGAGCUAGAGGUUGAAACAUCUUUAGACAGGAUACUGCAUAUCUACAUCAGAUGAGGCUAACAUAGUCUAGUUGUCCAUUACCACCUGAAUCUAAAGAACUUCAUGCAUAUAUAUUACAUAGCACGGCAACAUUCAUCAAACAUGCUGCAUCCUAUCUUGAAUCUGUUAGUUGAACUUCAUGCUUCACUGUCAGGCCACUUUCAUAGUUGUCUUCAGCCUCUUUGCAGCUUGCACAAAGCUGACAAUGACCUGCAACUCAUCCAAUUGCUUCCGCAUGGGCAAAAGCAUAUAUUGGAAUUAACACAACAAAGCAGACUGUCAGGACCUCACACCAUAGUGAUGCAAGUUACUGGAGUCAGAAGUUAAAUUUGUUUUAUCAACCUGGGCCGUGAAGUGCCUUUGAACAGCAUCAACUAACUGCUCCCUGGAUGGAUUAGGGCAUGCAUCCUGUUCACAAAUGCAGUCAGUCAGAACAAUGAAACAUAAUUGGCUACUUGCAGUUGAUAGUAGGGCCUUGUCUAGAAAUUUGAGCUCUACUUACGAGAUUGAAGUGGCGCCAAUAUCUCAACAGUGCAGUCAGUUCUAACUUGCUCAGGUCAACUUUCUGCAGUGUUACCAGUCAAAAGAAUGUAAAGAUACAAGCUGCAGAAGCAAUGUGGUCCAAAAAAUAGUCGAGUAUUGACGAGAGCAAAACUACAUAUAAAGUCAUCACAGAUUACUGUAAAGUGUUUUUUGCAUUCCAACCAAAUGAUCUCAAGUCCAAAACCCAAAGGAAGCGAAAGUCGCACCGUGUGAGCUCUCGAGGAAGAUGAAACAGACGUCUUAGAUUGGGAGUCACAUGACAUUGAACGGCUAAAGGAUUUUCUGUGGAAACCCCUAUGCUGCCUGCUCCUUGACCUUUGUGGCUUUGGUGAUUGUGCAUCAUCGGAGACUGCAAGAAAAAAAAAGAUUAAAGAAGCCAGCUUUUCAGACGCAUAUAACCACGUUGCAGGAGAUGGUUAGGAAAGAAGACAGCUGUGCCUCAAACUAAAUUCAAUCUGUUCAGAUCCGUGACCUUAAAUGGCAUGUAGAUUUUUCUCAGGUGUUCUUUAAUCAAAUGCAAUGCUAACCUCUAUAAGGAACAUUAUCUGUUUCUAGAACUUUUGUUUUUGUCU